AUGGCUAUUGACGCUUCAGUUUCAAACAUCAAAGUGAUGAACCAAGACCUUGUCAAGUUAGAUUAUUUCGAUGGAACAAACUUCACUCAUUGGCAAGACAAGAUGAUGUUUCUAUUGGCUACCUUAAAUAUUCAUUAUGUCUUAGAUCCUGACUUGACACAAUUUCCAGAACCAACAGAAGAUAAUGUCGAUGAAGUCAAGAAGGAACGAAAGAAGCGAAAGGAAGAUGAAUUAUUAUGUCGUGGACAUAUUCUGAACAUAUUAUCUGAUCAUCUCUAUGAUCUGUACAAUAAUACCCAAUCUACCAAAGAGAUAUGGAAAGCACUCGAAAUCAAAUUCAAGGUUGAAGAGGAAGCUCGUACAUCACAACAAAAUGGUCUAGCCGAGAGAAAGAAUCGAACAUAUCAAGAAAUGAUAAACACUAUGUUAAUGCAUUCUGAGUUGCCAUUUAAUAUGUGGGGUGAAGCAUUACCAUCCGUAUGUCUUAUCAUGAAUAUAAUUCCUUUAAAGUUAACCGAUAUUUCUCCAUAUGAGAUAUGGAAAGGUAGAUUGCCAAAUAUCGGUUAUCUUAGAGUGUGGGGGUGUGUAGUGUGUUACAAGAAUAUGGAUCCUAAAAGAACUAAAUUGGGUCCUCAAGGGAUCAUAUGUGAUCUCAUAGGAUAUGCAUCCAACAACAAAGCAUGUAGACUUUUAAAUCUGGAGUCUAAUGUAACCCUUAAAUCCUGA